CCCUUUUCUUCUUCAACGAACAACCAUUUGGAAGCCCAGCCCAUCGCUACUCUUCGUUUGCAAUUAGGGUUUCCGGUAUCUCCAACACCUUCUUCUCCGUCUUCGAUUGCAUUCGUUAGUGUUAAUGGUUCAGCUCAUGAAGAAUUCUGGGAAGGCUGAAACCAUUUCGUGCGGUGAUGCGAAGAACAAGAACACCGUCAAGUUGGAGAUCGUCGAGGACCCACUGGAAGAAGAGCAUGCCCCCCUCAACAAGCGCCACAAACCCUCCUCUCAGCAAUGGAGUGCUUCCAGCGAUGCUUCUGUCAGUUCUCCUUCCAAUCUGAAUAUUCUCGACGAGCCGAGCCCUUUGGGUUUGCGCCUGAGAAAGAGCCCUUCUCUGUUGGAUUUGAUUCAGAUGAAGCUUUCUCAGGGAACUGCGCAGCAAAACGAGAAUUUAAGCUCUGCAGUGAAAAGGGAGAGCAGGGCUGCUACUGCUGCUGCUGACAAGCUUAAGGCUUCAAAUUUUCCGGCUUCGCUUCUGAGGAUUGGUUCAUGGGAGUAUAAAUCGAGAUAUGAGGGUGACUUGGUUGCGAAGUGUUACUUUGCUAAACAUAAACUUGUCUGGGAAGUUCUUGAAGGUGGUCUAAAGAGUAAAAUAGAAAUUCAAUGGUCGGAUAUCGCGGCACUUAAGGCACAUUGUCCUGAUAAUGGGCCUAGUACAUUGACUGUUGUGCUUGCUAGACCGCCUCUUUACUUCAGGGAGACUAAUCCUCAGCCUAGAAAGCAUACACUAUGGCAGGCAACGGCGGAUUUUACUGAUGGACAGUGUGGCAAACAUAGGCUGCACUUUUUGCAAUGUCCACAAGGGCUCUUGGCAAAACAUUUUGAAAAGCUUAUCCAGUGCGACAUGCGCCUUAAUUUCUUAAGCCAACAGCCAGAGAUAAUUUUGGAGUCACCACAUUUUGACCCACAACCUUCUGCAUUUGAGGACCCAGAAAAUUCAAAAGAUCGUGAUCAGCUUCAAGUCAGUGGUAAAGGAUCCUCCGCAUCUUGUUUUCAAGACAGUGGAUCACCUGUGGCGUCCCUGUCAUCGUCACUUAAAAUUGAACACAAUGAUCCACCUGGAAUCACGAUGGAUAGUCUCCCGCAAGAUGCACAUUCACCCAGUUCAGUCAUGGACUGUAGCUCAAUUGAAGGGAGUACAAGCUCUGAAACCGAUUCGAAGGCCCCAAGAAAUAGGGAUCAGAUAAAACUUCCUGGACUUCGACCUUCCAUGUCAGUUAGUGAUUUUAUUGGCCAAAUUGAACUUUGUCUAUCAGAGCAAAUAUCCUCUGGGAAUCCACCGUUCUCUGAUGGAGGAGCAGAGUACAAGGAGAUGCUGGAAGACAUUGCACAACAUCUUCUUAAUGACAAUCAGGUUGCAGCAACUUCUGAUGAAAAGUCACUCAUGUCAAGGGUUAAUUCUCUCUGCUGUCUUCUGCAGAAGGAACCUGUAACUGUGCAGAAUUCUCAUUUUGCUGAAGAUAGUACUAUUGAAGGAGCUGAUGAAGGAAAAGAUCUCAAACCUGCCGAGGAGGAAUUAAGGGAUGUUUCUGGUGGCAAGCAAGCACUAGGCAUGUCUAGGAAAGACUCGUUUAGUGAUCUGCUUCUCCACUUACCUAGAAUCGCUUCUCUUCCAAAGUUCUUGUUUAACAUAUCAGAAGAGGAUGGCGACAGUCAUGCCAGUUAAGAUGUUCUCUUAUUCCAACUUUCAAAUUUGGCAAGUACGGAGCUACCUAGCAGUGUUUAGCUGCAUAGGGAGUAUGUUGUGUCUUUGUAGCAGUGCAGGUUUAAUUUCUACCCUGGGAACCACUGGGAUUUGGAAAAGUUGUUUUAAUGAAGAAUCCAAGUGGUGCCCAUGUAAAAAAUUGUGAAGUAGAUGUUUAGCUCUGUAUUUGUUUUUUUGAAAGAUUUAUUUGUGGGUUGUAAGUAAAAUCAUGUGUUGCCUGUUCGAUCAGGCUAUUAUUCAUGGUUGGUAUCCCUGUCUUUCCAUGGAAUGGAGAUAAGCUUGAGCUGACACUAUCGCACUGGCAAUCUCAGUCUGUAAAUUCAAAAUAGUAGUCUCAUUAUUCAUCA